AGACUAAAGCUGUGAUUUGGGGUUUUUUUUUAAUGUAAUGUUAUAGUGUAAACCAGCAAUUCAAAGCAUGGAAUGUGUAUAUUGGUGCGCCUCUGUUUUAAAAAUAUCUUCAUAAUACCUUAGGACAGACAGAAAAAAGUGUGUAGUAUUUGGCUCGAUACACGGAAACUCACACAACUUACAACUGUCAGGGAAUGAAAGAAUUUCAAGAAUCAGAGUAUAAAGGAUACAGGUACCUAUGUAGAUGGCAAGGGUUCUGUCCUGACUCAGGUGAGCAGCAAGUCACCAGAGGCAAUGUGGUCUAGUGGCUAAGGCACUGGAUUGGGAGUCAGGAGGUAAGGGGUUUAUUCCUGACGCUGCCACUCAUCUGUUGUGUGCCUUUGUGCAAGCUGCUUUCCUCCCCAAUUCUUUGUCUUGUCUUGUUUAUUUAGAUUGUAAGUGGUCCAGUGCAGACCUGUCUCUUGUUACGUAUUUAUACAGUGCCUGGGGCAAUGGGGGCUGGUCUCAGAUGAGGUCUCUAGGUGUUACUGUGAUUUCUGUGUUGGGUUUAGUGUGUGGGAGCUAGUGGCCUAUGAUAUACAGGAGGUCGGACCAGGUGGUCCCUUCUAGCCUUAAAUCCCAUGACUCUGUGACACAAAUUAAUAAUAAUGGGCCGGGUUCUCCUCUCAUACUGGUAUAAAUCAAGAGUGAUUCUAGUGAGCUGGAAGUCAGACCCAUGGGUAGGGUUGCCAACACUAUUUCAAAAUAAAUGACUGUUUUCUUAGCACCCCCGCCCCAUCCCUCCUCCCAAUAUUAUUAUUACCAUUAUUAUCGUCAUAAUUAUUAUUAUAAUUGAUAAUAAAAUAUAAUAAUCCGUGCUCACCUACAUUUGCCUGGGGUAUUUAUUGCUGCUUUUUGCAGCACUCAGCAACUCCUGAUCUUGUUGUACAGAGAUGAAAAAAAAUAAGGGCCGUCCCAUGGGCCUUCUCACAUAAGUCUACCUCACCUGAGCAAAACGAUGCUGGAUUGGCCCCGAUGCAGCACAGCCCUCUGCAUGAAUGCAUAUUAUUCCGAGGUGGCUUUUGAACCCUGGACAUAAAUGUGGAUUUCUGACUCUGUCGGUGAUGUCAUUCCUUUAUUAAUAGUGCCUGGAAAUGCAUGUGCCUAAUUGUUCUCUCUCUCUGUCUCCCGCUUUACUAUACGUAAAUUCCAUUAAUGGCUCGGGGAAACUCCAGGCAGUGCAUUUGGAGGGGAUUACUGUACCUGUUGAUGGUUAACGUCACUCAGUCUUCCACCUCAUGCCUUACCCACCACCUGAGUUGUGAGAUAAUCACCGAGACCAGUACAGCCUGUUCGGUCUUAUUGGCUAAAUAAAACGGCAUUUAUGUGCUCCUUGCCUCUGUUUUCCUUCCCACUCUGCAGAUUAAUGCACAAUACCUGAUGCUUUGUUAAGUUAUACCCAGAUCCUUUUAAAAACAUCUAAACCCACCAGUUUUCCUUAGUUUCAGCAAGUUUCACGUUUAAAAAUGAAGCAAAAAAACAACAAACCCCACUCAGAGAACUCUGAUUUUAAAUUCUGAACUGAUAUAAAUGAGCACAGCUCCAUUGACCCUACUGGAGGAGCUAUGUCAGAUUACAACAGGUGAGGAUCUGGUCCAAAGGGUGUCAGGCGUGUAUGUUAUAUCUAGAAACAUCACCUUUUUAAAACCAGAGAAUCUUUCAAAGGAACUUAAUUUACUUGUUCUGAAAACAAAGCAUGAAAAGCUACUCGUAAAAUUGGUCCAUGUCCCACACGCUGGUUAGACCUUAAUAGUACAGGUGGACAGCUAGGGCUCCGUGCCAAAUACUUUUGGUUUAGAGGGAGUGGUGGGAGUGAAUACUCAUAACCGCUCCUUGAAAGGCUUAACUUUCCUCACACAAAUCAAUGACAAUCUCCACUCUGCUGCAGACACCCUCGGAGCUACGUUGCCAGUUUCCCAUUAAAACAAAGCGGCGAGUUUUAUGAUAGACCACGCACGGUGGGGACAAAAGGGGGAAUACAAGAGGUGAAAAGGGCUCUAAAUGAGAAUAUGGCCAAUGGCAUUGAAGAUCUUAUUGGGAUCCCAUUCCCAAACCACAGCAGUGAAGUCCUUUGCGGUUUAAAUGAACAGCGGCAUGAUGGUCUACUCUGCGAUGUCAUCCUCAUUGUCCAGGACCAGGAGUACAGGACCCACAGGUCUGUUCUUGCAGCCUGCAGCAAGUACUUUAAAAAACUCUUCACUACUGGCACUUUAACAGACCAGCCCUAUGUUUACGAGAUUGACUUUGUCAAGCCUGAAGCACUUUCUGCUAUCCUAGAGUUUGCCUAUACUUCAACCCUCACCAUCACCACCUCCAACGUCAAGCACAUCCUCAACGCAGCCAAGAUGCUGGAGAUCCAGUGUAUUAUCAAUGUAUGCCUUGAAAUCAUGGAGCCUGACAGAGAAGCCGAAGAGGAAGAUGAUAAAGAGGAUGAAGAGGACGAUGAUGACGAAGAAGAUGAGGAUGACGAAGAGGAGGAGGAGGAGGAAGAAGUGGAAGAUUUUGUGAAUCAGGAGAACCUCACGGAUGUCCAAGAAGUAAGCUGUCACCAAAGCCCUUCAAAGUCUGACCUUACCGAAGAAACAUAUACAGAAGGACCUAGAGACUUCCCACAUCAUUACCCAGCCCAUAGCUCUGCCGGCCACUUGGGCAUGAUACGAGACUUUUCCAUCGAGUCAUUACUACGGGAAAAUUUGUACCCUAAAACGAACAUUCCAGAAAGGAGGCCAGCCCUAUCUCCCUUCACACCAGACUUCUUUCCCCACCUGUGGCAUGGAAAUUUCAGUUCCUUUUCCCAGCUAGAAGAGCAGCAAGUGGACAAUGGCCCUUUGGACCUGGUGAUCAAAAAGAGGAAGAUUAAGGAGGAGGAGAAGGAGGAGCUCCCUCCGGCUCCUUUCCCUAAUGACUUCUUCAAGGACAUGUUUGCUGGCAAUCCAGGAGGUCACUUAGGGCACAUUAAGGCAGAGAACGACUAUAGCGCUUAUCUCAACUUUCUAAGUGCCACCCACCUGGGAGGAGUGUUUCCUCCAUGGCCCCUGGAGGAAGAAAGGAAGAUAAAGCCCAAGGCAUCUCAGCAGUGUCCGAUCUGUAACAAAGUCAUCAUGGGGGCAGGGAAGCUGCCACGGCACAUGAGAACCCACACAGGAGAAAAGCCAUACAUGUGCACUAUCUGUGAAGUUCGCUUUACCAGGCAGGACAAGCUAAAAAUCCACAUGCGGAAACACACAGGAGAAAGGCCAUACCUCUGCAUACACUGCAAUGCCAAAUUCGUGCACAACUACGACCUAAAGAACCACAUGCGCAUUCACACGGGUGUCCGGCCUUACCAGUGUGAAUUCUGCUACAAGAGCUUCACGCGCUCCGACCACCUCCACCGCCAUAUCAAGCGGCAGAGCUGUCGAAUAUCGAGGCCCAGGAGGGGGCGCAAGCCCGCAGCCUGGAGGGCGGCCAGCUUGCUGUUUGCACAGAAUGGCCAGCCAGAUGAAAAAGGCUUCAUGAUGCCUCCAACUCUGGAGGAGAUGAGCAGCCAUCUUGGCACCACGGCCAUGUGCCUUCCAGGCCCCAGCCACAAGCACUUCAUGAGUGGUGCCAAGAAUGCUCUAAACCUGCAAGAUCUAGAGAGCCAGUUUGAAGAAACCCAAAUGAAGCUGUUUGGGAGGACGCAUCUGGACAUGGAAAGGAAUGGGGGCAUCUUUGCCUUUGCUCUGGGCCAUAACGAGAACAUCUCGGCACGGCCAUACUUCCCUCUCCCUGACCCUUGGAGCACAGGAUUCAAUGGACUGCCCGGACUAAACCAUGUGGCUCCAAUUUCUGAGGCUAGCAACUAAACCAGUUCUACCCAUGUAUUGGGUGUGGUACGUUCCAUACCAUUCUUAAAGAGUGAACAACUCUCUCUGAUUCUCACCUGCUGUCUCCCAUCAUCUCACUCCAAAGAAACAAUUGGUCGCCCAUGUGAAUCUAGACUGUGCCGUAGGAUGGUAGGCGGAGCCACACCCGAACAGACAAUGGACAUUCUUCUGAAUGAGGUGCUGCUGUUGGUAUUAUUCUGUGAUUGUACUAGGAAAUGUAGGUUGAGUUUGUCAGUGACUCCAGCAACACAGUCUGCUAGGGGUGUCCUUUUAGACCAUUUGUAGGACGCUUGGCAUAACAGCUGACAAGCUUGUCUCCUCCCAACCUGCCCUUAGUUCUUGGAAUCCAAUUUUGAGGGAGUGGGAAGGGUCAAGCUCCAGGAUGCAGGUGGCUGGUCUUUUGAAUGCUUCUGAAAACAUCAUUUGCCUUAGUUUGGAGGUCAAGACAGUGCUUCGGAAGGAGAUUUCCAUUGCUCUCCAUUCAUGAUACCAGAUGGUCAGCUGGACAUCAGUGAAGAUGGCAAACCAUUUUUUGGCCACUUCUAAAUUCCUUGUUUUUUUUAACCCGAUAAUCAAAUGACAAAAACAGUCUGAAAGGUCCUCGACAUGGGCCAGAUUCUUAGCUGGUGCAAAUGAAUGCCCCUCUGUGAAGCUGUGCUGAUUUAUUGCAGCUGAGGAUCUGGCCUAGGGUCAUUACCAAUUACUAGCAAAUAUGGCACAUGUCAGAAUCCCUUGCCGAAAUUCUGAGCAUACAAAGACCCUGCUGUACAGGAGCAUCUGGGAAAAGGAUUCGGAUAUUGCUCAGGGGAUCCUGAUUGAAAAUUAUUAUACUAAAGAGUCCACAAAACAAGACUGUCACUGAGUGCCAGCAGAAAUCAUUCUUCAGCAUUUGUCAGCUCAGAAAUAUAGGGCUUACAACAUAAAAUAUGAGAUACUCCACUGAAAGAAGGCUUUGAUAGCAAUGUGCUUCUAGUUUCCCCUUUUAAACAGUGGUGGUAACUUUUUAACAAACAGUCUACUGAGGUGACCUGCAGUUAGUUUGAUGCCAAUACAGAGACUGGUUUUAAGUUUAAUCAAGGCUCAAAAAUGUAAAUUUUAAAAACUAUGGCAUGCUCGCUCUUCUUUUUACUGUUAUCUUUCGGUUUCAGCAGAAUCAAAGGGAACCAGAGGACCAUAGUUUCUUUUUUUAAAUUUCAGUUCAUCUAUUAAAGGUGCUGCUCUUCAGUCACAAUUCAAGGAGGGUCACUCUACUGGAGCACUGACGUUGCUACGUGCACGGGACAAAAUGAGAACCCUCUUCGAAGUCGCUCUCACAUAUGAUUCCCUUUGUCAAGAAGCACUUCGAGAAUAAAUAAUUCCUUUCUGCUUUGAGAACACAUUUAAAAGAAUGAUCCUGAUGAACUGCCUGAGACUAGCUUCCCCCCGCCCUCCAAAAUUAAAUGCACAGAGACCCUGUGUGCCAUGAACAGUGGGAACUGGAAAGAAAACUUUUUAAAACUGCAUCAAACUUUUUUUGUAUAUGUACCAACUUCUUAUACAAACUACAUUUUACAGACAACUGGUUAUUUCAGGUGUUUUUGUCUACGAUUUGGAGUCAUGUAAAGUAUCCAAAGAUGCUGAGUACUGUAUAAUCUACGAGAACUUGAAGCAAGGUGUGUUUUUGGUUUUAAUUUUGUUUUUGGUUUUUAAUUUUUUUUUCCUGUUUGUCUGUGGGGAAAAAAACUUUGGAAGUUUUCUAUUUAUAACUAUUUUUAUGUGAUUGCUUUAUGUACAAAAAAAAAGAAAGGAAAAAAAUACACACAAACAAGUUUGCCUUAGUUAAUCAUGGGACAAUCAUCCUUAACUUUAGUUGAACCUAUAGAUUUUUUUAAAACGACAGGCUACUUUUACAUAUUUAUUAAACAGUAUUAAUUGAGUCUCUUAAAUUCUGAACAGGACUUGGUUCUUGUGUGUGUGGCAAACAUUGGAAAGCCAAACUGUUCCAGAAGUCCAACCAAUGGCAAAUUUUUACUGCAACAUUUAAAUGCCAAUUUGUUUGCAGAAUAUACAAAUUUGGCGGCUUCCAAAGGCUUUUUGUAAAAUAUUCACUCCUUUAUUUAAUUGUCUAGCUGCAAUGUUUAUGGUUAACGGAAACCAUUGUUAUUAUUAUUACAAUAAGAAGUUAAGGCUGAUUUUCCCUGAAUGAGCUCUUUUUGGUUGUAUGUAGCUGGCUGAGAUCAUUUCAUGGUGGAAGGAAUAUAACAGACUCUAUUUCUGC